AACAAGGAGUCUUGGUUUAUUCGUUUUGUUUUUCAUUUUUGUAUUUGGUUUUACUCUAGCACCUGUCUUGGAAUUAAAGUUUGUUUUUCUUUGCUUAUUUAGCUCCUAGGAGUUGCUUGUUGUCUGCUUUGAAGAAACAUGAAGUCCCUCUAUGUUGCUGUGCCUGCUCUAGCCAUCCUGAUGUUCCUCACGUGGAUCCCUGUGGCGCUGAGUUGUAACAAAGCGCUCUGUGCUAGUGAUGUGAGCAAAUGCCUCAUUCAGGAGCUCUGCCAGUGCCGGCCUGGAGAAGGAAAUUGUUCCUGCUGUAAAGAGUGUAUGCUUUGUCUAGGGACUCUUUGGGAUGAGUGCUGUGAUUGUGUCGGUAUGUGCAAUCCUAGAAAUUAUAGCGACACGCCUCCGACUUCAAAGAGCACGGUGGAGGAGCUGCACGAGCCGAUCCCGUCUCUUUUCCGGGCACUCACAGAAGGGGACACGCAGCUAAACUGGAACAUCGUUUCCUUCCCUGUUGCAGAAGAACUUUCACAUCAUGAAAAUCUGGUUUCAUUUUUAGAAACUGUGAACCAGCCACACCACCAAAAUGUGUCUGUUCCCAGCAAUAAUGUUCAUGCACCUUAUUCCAGUGACAAAGAACACAUGUGCACUGUGGUCUACUUUGAUGACUGCAUGUCCAUACAUCAGUGCAAGAUAUCCUGUGAGUCCAUGGGGGCGUCCAAGUACCGCUGGUUCCACAACGCCUGCUGUGAGUGCAUCGGGCCCGAGUGCAUCGACUACGGCAGUAAGACUGUCAAGUGCAUGAACUGCAUGUUUUAAAGAAGGAAAGGAAAUGCGAAGUGAAGCAAGUUUGCCAGAAAGAAAGGUAUGAAGUUAUUCCAUGAGGUGAAGAAGAAGCUACAAAAAUUUCGGAUGCGUUACUUUUAAAAUACAACAAAACUAGUAAUUUGUUAAAUGGUAUGAUUAUAGCUGCUGUUAUUAACCUUAUUGUCCACUAGCAAUAAAGCCUUUCCUUUGAUCCGUUGAAUCUGUACAACUUUGGUCAUAUAAGGAACAGCACAUAGAGAAUUCCUUGAAGGGUCUGAGCUUCAAAUGUGAAGACUAAUGCUGUGUUCUUGUAGCAUUCCAAAGCCCUUUGUUUUCAAAGUGUUGGCAGAAGCGCGUUCACGUAAGUUACGGUUUGUUCAGUGUACUCCUGAGGUGCUGAGUUUUCAUAGCUGUAUGCCAUUCUUCACUGUGCCUUUCAUGGUUUACCUGUUUUAUAAAUUGGGUACAAUACCCAAAUAUAUCACUCUGAAAGAUCACCAUAAAAAGCUUAAUUUCAAACCAUGUUCUGUUGGGUUUAGAAAGGAAAUGUUUACUGUAUUUUACAGUUUAAAACUAUUACAUGGUAGGAUCCAUCCUGUAAUGCACAUACUGACAGAGCUUUAGGAGAACAUUCUCAUUCUCUUCCGUUCUCCCUGCCCAGAAUGCUUAUGUGGGUCACAUGAGGAGGCGUCGUCACUAGGAACAUCAGGGUACAUCUCUGAAACUGCAUUAAGUACACUACUAGGGUAGGUAAUCAGGACACUAAAGCAUUGCUUGUGACUUAAAGUACCAGCUUAAAGAGCGCUGGGGAAGGGAAAUGACUGCCACGUCGGACGGUAACGAGAGUACCAGUGACCAGCUUGUCCCCCUGACGCUGUGCGGCAAGGUGAGGGUGCACCCACUGGACGAACCAAGCCUGAAAAGUGAUAGGAGGGGACUUAAGGGAAGUUAUGGCUAUGAACAGCGAGGGUUAGAAAUUCUGGGAAUCACCAUAGGAAACAAACUCGGAAUGACUGACAUUUUUUAUUGUGUAAUCUGUCAUUUGUUAAGUUUAUAUCUGGAUCUAAUGUUCUUAUCAACCAAGUGUAAUUAUAUAGUGGGAUGUUAAAAUUAUGAAACUAAACAAAAACUCUGUUCAAGAUGACAGUUGUUUCCAAAUACACUACAGAGUAUUUUGUCAGCUUUUCAUACAGUUUCAAUAAAGAUAAGCUUAAACACUAUGUGCCCUUUCUAGUAAUAAAAUUCUACUCUUCGAACAUGAAUCUAAAACAUAAAUAUUUAUAUUACAGAGACUCUUAACUAUAAAAUUACUAAUUUCUGUAGUGCAUAUUUGAAUUACAAGUAACUUUUUAGGAACACAUUUAUAUGUCUAAAUAUUUGAGUAUAUACAAAUAGGUAAUGCUCUUGGAUACAUUUUGUAUUGUUGAUUAUCUAAACAGUAGUUAAAGUUCAUAUGUAAUGUUAUGAUUAACUGUUAUAAAAUGUAAAGCCUUGAUACCUUUUCUGCCCUUUCAGUUAACUGUAACAAAUACAGUCAAGGUACUUGAGCCUCUUAAAAUGUUACAAUUUAGCUCCUGAAUGUAUUUUUAAUAGGAAAAAAUUGGGGGUUUUUUUCUGACUCUUAGGUAGAGUACCUCCUUAAAAGUGCCUUGAAAAUGUUUUAGUUCCCCUUCUUAAUUAAUAUGUAUAAAGCUGAGAGUUUUCUUAAACUUAGAAAAGAGAAAGUUUUAAAAGAAUUUGUAGUCGACUGCUUCCUUUCAACUUGGCUUUUCCAAAGUAGUUUCAUACCUGUGAAUAGAAGGAUGUUUUCGUGUUUAUUGACAACAUGCUUUUUAUUUCCUUAAAUAUGUCAACAGACAUAUUUUUAAACUGGUAUUUGUCACCCUUUUUAGGUCUUCCUUAUUAAAUUUUGAAAUGUAGUAUUUCUGUUUCUCCCCCUAUGUUGGGAGAAUGAUUUCUUGAACCACGUUACGUUUUACUGUUUUCUUACCUCUGUUUCUCCCAUUAGACAUUAUCCCUAAGUGUAGUGUUUUUUGAUAUUCAAAGUUUGCUUAAUUUUUGUGAUUUACAAAGGGGUUGAAAGAAAGACAGAAAUAUGGUAUGGUCUGUCAUAUAAAAGAUUCCAUUUCCAGUUCUGUAAUGGUAUUUGU